GGGAGCGUCUCCAUCUUUGUGCCGGAGCUCAGCGUCGGUGGGCGGUUGGGAGAGGGGGGCGGGGAGCCGGUGGCGUCGUCGUUUCUCGUCCGGGGCCUGGCCUCUCGCUGCUCGCCGCGAUGCCUCAGUUCCAGACCUGGGAGGAGUUCAGCCGCGCGGCUGAGAAGCUCUACCUCGCCGACCCCAUGAAGGUACGUGUAGUUCUCAAGUACAGGCAUGUUGAUGGGAAUUUAUGCAUCAAAGUAACAGAUGAUUUAGUUUGUUUGGUGUAUAGAACAGACCAAGCUCAAGAUGUAAAGAAGAUUGAAAAAUUCCACAGUCAACUAAUGCGACUUAUGGUGGCCAAAGAAUCCCGCAGUGUCACCAUGGAGACAGAAUGAGUGGUUUGAAAUGAAGACUGUUUGUCAUGUUAUUAGGAAGUAAAUAGCUUUUGAGUUUGAGAAAGUGUUGGGAAAAAAAUACUUUAUGUAACUGAGCUAUUCAAAAGCAGAGAGACUCAGUGUUUACUCUUCAGUGUUUGCUUUAGGGAUCUAGCAAUACAAAUGCUUUCAGUUUGGAAACCUUGAUUUUUGGAAAUUAAAUGAAUACCUUAGAAACUUUUCACAGAUUAUUUGAUGUUGGACAAAUAAUUAUUUUUCUGAUAGAUUUGUGUCAGUAAUUUGAAGAUGAAAUAACAAGAAAGCUAGGGUUUCUUUUUUUUUCAUUAUUUAAGAGGAAAUGAAACGUAACCAUUUUGUUGGAUUAGUAUAUUUCUUUUGGAGCAUAAAAUUUGUGCCAUUAAUAAACAAUAAUGAUAGCUAGAAUUGACUGCUCUGUAGUGUGCCUGGUUACGUGUAGUCCCAAAUUGUGAAUGACAAGUCUGCUUUACCUUUCUUUCCAGACUUAACUGUAUUUUUGAAUGUAAGGGAUUUGUAGUGUUAUCAGCUUGUGGAGCAGUGAAUGACUUAAUUCUGGCUUUCAGUGACCAAAACCAAUGUGAUUAUGUGACUGCACAAACAGCGGUGAUGAUGGGAACCACCACAGUAAGAACAAUUACUCUGCUUUCUCACCUGUGUGUCUCGGAACUGAGGAUUAUUCAGACUGGACCAAGCAUGCCUGUCAAACUGCUAGGUUUUCUAGUAAACCAGAAAUACACUGCUUCACGUUCAGCCUAUAUUUGUAAUCCGAUGGUUUGUCGUGUUGAACCGCACUGCAGCAUGGAAAUUCUGUUAAUUGUAAGAAGUUUGGCUUGUUUCAGAGAGGUCAGUAAAUAAAAUAUAAACGUGUUUUUGUUGAA